AUGGGGAAACCCACCCACAGCCCGGGAAACACCGGCCUCGAGUCAGUCAUUGCAGGCGUCGUGUCCGGCUGCAUCACGCGCUCCUGCACUUCUCCUCUCGACGUGCUUAAGAUCAUUAUCCAAGUAAACGGCCCCGUCCCGACCCAGACCACCGUUGCAGCAACUACCAAUGCCACCAAUACUGUGGUUUCCAUGGCGUCCACACUUGUGGCCGCCCGCUCCAUUGCCGUAAAAUCGUCGGCGUCCUCCGCCAUUGCGCGUACCGUUCGUGAUUUGUACGCGCUGGACGGCGUGCGUGCCUUCUGGCGAGGUAACAGCGCCGGCUGCUGCCGCCUCGGCCCUUAUGCGGGCCUCAAGUUUUACCUCUAUGACUCGCUGCAGGCGAGUUUCGCCGCCAGAGAGGGACGCGAGCUCAGUAACUGGCAGCGCGCGUUGUGCGGCGCCACCGCCGGCCUCAUCGCCACCAUGGGCACGUACCCGCUCGAAGUCGUGCGCACCCGCAUGAUCUCGCAGACGACGGCUCCGGCUGCUACCAACAGCGAGAUCCGCGGUGUGCUACAAGGCGUAAAGCUCAUCCUGGAGCGUGAGGGGCUGCGUGGCCUGUACCGUGGCGGCUGGUCUGGUGUCGUGGGUGCCAUUCCGUUCGAAGGCGUGCAGUUUGGCUGCUACGAGUACUUAAAACUGACGGCUAUUCGCCACCAGUGGCCAGCUUAUCGCUGGCCGGAGGGGAAGACCGACAUGGACGGACUCGACUACUUCGUGUGUGGCAGCGUUGCUGGUGCCAUCGCCCAAACUGUGGCGUAUCCAUUCGAUACUGUGAAGAAGCGUCUGCAGUUGCAGCAGGUGCACCUAAAUGUAUCCAAUGUGGGACCAUUAACUGCGGAGGGGGGCAGUCCGUCGACGCUGUACUAUCGCGGCAUGGUGGACUGCUUCCGUAAGGUUAUCCGUGACGAAGGUCCCUUGGCACUAUACCGUGGCACGGGCGCCAAUCUGGCCCGCAUCGUGCCGUACGCUGCCGUCAUGUUCUCUACGUACGAAACAACCAAGAAGACUCUGCGCGUGCUAAGUGGCCGUGAGUGA